GAAGGUUCAUCAAAACCUUGUAUCUAAAAAACAAACGCCGAUGCGUCGGAAACUACGACAAAAAGCUACAUCAGCCUCAGUUCAAGGAAGAAUGGGGACAGCUAAAUCAUCUAAACUUAAAAAUACCCAUACAUCAUCAAUCCUUCCUUCUUUACCACGGAAAAGAGGACGGCCGUCCAAGAAACAAGAAAUAAAGACAGAAGAAGGAAUGAUAGAAGCAUCAAAGAAGGAAUUAAAAGAGAUUCAAACAAGUAAAAAUAAGGAAAAUAAUGAAAAAGAAAAUUUAACUCAAAAACAAAAACAAAUAAAAACUCCAUUAUCACAUAAAGAGCGAGGAUUAAGUGUUAGUUUAGUGGUUGGAAAAAGCGGAAUUGCACGGGUUGUUCAAGAAGAAAUAGAUGUGGUAGUUUCAGCACCACAAGCAAAUGUACGUAAUGGGACAGGAUUAAUGGAACGUGUACUUUCGACUCAAGCCCAUGGGAUACCUUAUCAAGCGGAAUAUAAACGACCGAAUGAUAGUUUAGCAUUUAUAACGAAUAGAGAAGGGUAUGUUCGUGUAGAACCAUUAACUGGAGUUUUAUCACCUCAGCUUCCAACGCCUAUGGAUUCGGAUUUUUAUAUGGAUAUUAAAGGACAAGAAAUGAUGAACAUUCAGAGUUUAUUAAGCCCAGAAAGUCAAUGGGAAAGUUCAGGAGAUGAUAUAACAGAUGAAGAAGAUAUUAUGGAUGCACGUGUGGCAAUGAAGAAAUUAAUUGAUAAAAGACGUACAGUAGGUUUAGGCUUAGACGAAUUUCUGGGAAGUGAUGUAUUAAAUACACCAUCAUUUCGAGUGGGAAAACGGCAACGAAAACUUUCUUGCAAAGCAUGUCAUAUGACAUUUCGACAACUUUGGAUUUUACAUGCCCAUGAAAAAAAAUGCAAUAUCAAACAAACUCCAUUUCUUUCUUCCGACUAUUUCGAUGAUACUAUCGAAGAUGCAAUUUCUUAUUUUCAUGAAGAUACACGCUCAGAACAAAGUAUUUCAUCACCAAUUCUUCCUGAGUCCAUCCCCCUAUCUAAAUUCAUUGAACAUUCUACACCGCGAAAAAACAUUCUCUCAUCUUAGACAUUAAAUAGGAAAAAUUAUAUUUUUUUAUUCAACAAAAAAAAAGAUAUAUUUUAACAUAACAAUUCACUAUAGCAAAAAUAUUCAAUAAGAAGCAUUUGGACAAUUUUAUAUCCAACUUUUCCAAUCCAUAUUUGCUUUAAUCCAAAAAGAAAUAAUUAUUCAUAAUGAUGCCGGGAAAUAUAAUAUUAAUAAGUGUAGAGUAAUAUUCAUCUAUUUAUGUCGAAUUUAUUAACUUGCAUUAUUUAAUCACCACUUUUCUUGGGGAUUUGCUUUAAACUGUUCAUAUUCUGAUCGAUUAAAGAAAGAUAAUUCUGUUUCAUUCUCUAAAUUAGCAAGAAAUAACUGUUAUUUAUAUAUUUGAAAAAAUUACAUACCUACACCGCAACGUUCAAGUGUCAUACAUGGAUCUAGUAUCCAUUCAUCAUGGUCCAAAUUAAUAAUUCUAUUUGAUGUCUAUUUAUUCAUAUUAUUUAAUCACUUUAUACAAAUAUAUUAAAUUUUACCUUGGCACUUUGUGAAUGAACA